UUGAAUGGUCAUCGCGCGCGGACUUUUCUAACGUGUGUGGUAGUUGUGACGUGGCCGCCACCGGCGCCAACAGCGGCACCAGGGUGCUGGCGGCCGGCCUCACCAGGGGCCGCCGGUACUUCUUCAGAGCCUCCGCCGGGAACAUCAAGGGCUGGGGGCCGUUUACGGUUUCCGUGCCAAGGAGCGUUGUGCCCAGUAGCUGGCGUGAUGUAUCAAGCAGAGCUAUACGCGGUGAAAGCGGUGGAGCGGCCGCAGCGCUGGAAGCGCUCGCAAGCGCUGCAGCGGGCGCCCGCUCACGGCCACCGGCGCCUCCGCCCCGCGCCUCCCGCAAGAAGACCGCCACUAUACGACAGCUGUUUACAGCGGCUAGCAAGUUCCAGAAGAAUCUACGGAGAGGUGUAUACUUGGCGUGCAUUCUGUACCAUGAAGACAAGGUGCUGGUGACUAGCGAGGAGUUCCUGCCUGUUAUCGAAGUGGAUGAGACCUACCCGACUUGCAUCUAUGCUGACUUCCAUUGGCUAAUGAAGGUGUCAUGUUGUUGGGAUGAUGUGAAAGGUCUUCGAGCGGAUAUGGAGAAACACACGUCUUCCUCUAUACACUUCAGAUUGAAAUUACUCACAGCAGCUGCGCAGAUGCAGUCCGCUCUCUGCAUACAAGACUUAGGACAAUUAUAUCACAAGCCACUGCGCGAUUCACACGGAACGGUUGUGAUAUCUGUGGUGACGAGUGUCAAAUCGGCCAAGUGUGUGUCGGCGCUGAACUCGCGGUGGGCGGCUGUGAACAGGCUGCGGCGACGCGUACUCAGCGACGACAACACCAUGGGGGAGCUGCUGAUGGCGUCCGUGCACGAUCAGAUCGCCUACCAUCAGGUGUCUCGAGUUCAGCUGCCCCGAGGGUUGUACCUGGGUUAUCUAAAGCUGCAGUCGUCUGUGGAAGUGGUACGAAUAGUGGCGCCCGCUCGCACCCCCAACGUGCCGCCGCACACAAGGGUGCGAGACAACCCGCACAUCUCUGCCGAAGAAUGGGAUUACCUAAGAAACCAAUCUGGCAAAGUGUACAGUGAAGAAGUUCAGCCAAGAAACAGUCUUGUACCGAUCAGCGACAGUCCGGAGAAACCGUCAGAAUCUCAAGAAAUGUUCCUAGACCAGAUCGCGUCUGCAGCACGACGACUCUUCAAGGAAAUGGAGAUCCCCAUCGAAUGUGUUAUCGCCCACCGAAUAUAUGAUCUCGAAGUCAUAGAACUUAAUAACGAUGUCAGUUUCGUAAUGAUAUGUCCACCAGCAGAACAAGCCUGCUCAGUGCCUGGUCAAAAAGAAAUACUCCUACAAAAAGGCGAUUUGCUCAGCCUACCCAUCCAGGCAUUCGAAAUGAUACACCUGCAGACGUACCAUACGAAUAUCCUAAACAAAUACUCCAAACUUAGUUGUAUAUUAGAAUUAGACGUAGCCUUAGCCGCCCAUUCCCAUAGAGAGGCAUUCUCUUGCACAGAAAUGCAAACAGCCAAAGAACGAUUGAGUAAAUUAGAAGACCUUCAAAAUAAUCUUAACACAGUGUGGAAAGCAGAACGGUGGCUUAUGGAUUUAAUAGGCUUCGCGAGGGAUAAAGAUAAAGCGGUGUCAAGUUCUGGUAUACUCCUGAAAUAUAUACUCGAUAAGACGGCGUCACAAUUAAACAAAGAAUAUCCUGAUAGUAGCGAUACCAAUUACACAGAUUCCAACUUGAAAGUAGACUUCCUUCAAAUACCUGCGAGAGAUGGCAAAAUAACCAAAUUGUCACCUGGACGAGGGUCGUGGCCUGGACCAGCUGGCAACGGGAACCAUGCGAAUUUACACCCAGAAUUUAGUAAAUCUGAACAGCAACUAAGUUUGGCACCCCGACAGACAUCUGUAUCAACACUUAACCUAACUAGUUCGCAAUAUUUGAAUGCUGAAAAUCAAUAUUCGAGUAGAAAAAGCAGUGCUGAUUCUCAAUUCACCCAAUCGAGUCCUAUGAGCAAUAAUUACGUGAGCAGCAAUUCGCAGUUUGACAUAAAAUCUAAUGCAUCUCAUACUAGUAAUCGUUUACCACCUUCUCGGAGUGAAGACACCUUAGUGCUACAAAACGAAAAUGUGGAGCAAAAACCUCGUCCACACAGUAUUAAUACUAGCGUAUCAAACACCUCAAGUCCCCUACUGACAGUGAAAGGUUACUAUCCAGGGAGCAUGAUAAGUAUGAGAGCCUCCAAAUGCAACGUCUCCGAAUCCGCCCAGAGUCUGUCGAGUGACUCAGAAAGCCAAAGCUGUCCAAUAACAUCAGUUCCAUUAAAAAUCCGUCCGCAGGGAAAGCAUUAUAGGACUUCGGUAUGUAACGUAAUCGCGUCCAAGAGCAUGACCAAUGUGAAAUCAUCCGACGUCGAUUACACGGAUACUGGUCAAGAAAUGUACCCAAAAACAAAUUUAUGUGUGAAGCGACAACCAUUGUUGGAGACCCAAGAAGACGUCGAAUAUAACAAUAAGGUUCCUAAGACUGAUGAGAGGAGUGACAGCGAAGAACAUGUUAAUCCAGCUUCAGAUCAACGACCUCCUGACCAACCAGGUAUAUUGCAGGUUUACGCUGCAUAUGAAACUGGUUUAGCGGCUGGUACAUCACUGAAACUACAUGUGACGCCUCGUACGUCAGCCCGUGAAGUUAUCGACUUAGUUGUGAAACAACUCAACAUGGCUGCCGUGUUAAAAGGAAAAGCGGGCCCAGUAUAUGGCCCUGAGAAACUUCAAGAUUUCUGUCUGGUCGCCGUCAUCGGCGCGAGGGAACGGUGUCUUAGAGAUGAUUUUAGACCGCUUCAAUUACAAAACCCAUGGCGAAAAGGGCGUUUAUAUGUGAGGCUCAAACACGAUGUCCUAGCGGCUUUACAACAUUCAGCUAAACAACCAGCUUACAUAUAGACUUAUGAGUGUGUUGUGAAUUAGUUAUGUACAGGAUAUAUCGUUGUUUUCAUUAGAUAGAAACUAUAAAUUGAUACUAUACGAGUAUAUUAUUUUGGUGCCAAUUCUAAUUAUGUUGAUGCUUUAAAUAGUUAAGUCUUAAGUUGUGAGUAAUUAAUAGAGAAUAAUGAAAGUAAAACAGAAUUUAUGGUGCUUCUCAUUGUAAAAUAUGUCGCUUAUGUAUGCAAAGAGAGAAAUUUAAAGAGAAGAUAUUGAACGAUUUUCGUAAACGUUAUCUAGAUAUUUUAUUAGCCUUACUGUAAUAGUUUUUAUCCAGUCUAGAUGGACUCAAAUUCUUGUCGUUCUAUAUUAGGUAGGCAAUUACCUAAUCUAUCUAAUAGUCUAUAAGUAGCGUUGUGGAAAGUAGUCUUGUUCAAAAUAGUUCGCGACAUUGAGCGCUCUAUUUAUUUCUCAGAUCUUCCGCCAGCUAGUUCGUUCCUUCCCUACUUCAGUCU